AAAGUCGGUGCCGUAGACUCGUAGAAACCUUCCUUCCAGCUCAAAUCACGUCAACCAAAAAAUCUUUAAAAAGCGGUCUUCUCCAAAAGCUCUACCAAGCCACUGUCUGCAACUCCACCCAAAGACCCAACCUUUAAUCCCUUCUGCUCACUCCAACCCCACACUUUCUCUCUCUCUAAACACCUCACCCCUAAACCCCACAUCCUUCAAUCUCCGACCCAUCGAAAAACGAACCAGAAACAAUCACCUGGUUUCUUCUGAUGGGUUCGGAUUUGACUCCCGUGAAAUCCACUCCGAUUCCGACCCACGACGAAGACUCGCGGUCGCGGAGCCCAUCUGCGGCGCUGCUCUCUUUCAACACCGACCCCUCCGCCUCUCCGACCCCAUCGUCUUCCCCUUCUCACAAACCCAGCACCACCGUCAUCUUCAUCUCUCUCCUCCUCACCACCUGCGUUGCUCUCUCCGCCGCCUUCGCCUUCGCCUUUCUAUUCUUCUCCAACUCACCGAAAUCCGCGCCCGUCUACGAGUCCUCGUCACUGGAAUACAAGGCUCGAGCUUUGAGAAAACUCGAUCAUCCGGUUGUUCUGUUGGUUUCCUCGGAUGGGUUUCGAUUCGGGUACCAGUUCAAGGCGCCGACGCCGAAUAUCCGCCGCCUCAUCGCCAACGGGACGGAGGCGGAAGAGGGUUUGAUUCCGGUGUUUCCAACUCUGACAUUUCCUAACCAUUACUCAAUUGUCACAGGUCUUUACCCUGCUUACCAUGGAAUUGUCGACAACCACUUUGUGGACCCGCACACAGGGGAGUCCUUCACCAUGAGAAGCCACGAGUCCAAGUGGUGGCUCGGCGAGCCGCUGUGGGAGACGGUGGCGAAUCAUGGUUUGAAGGCUGCCACUUACUUCUGGCCGGGUUCUGAGGUAAUUAAAGGUUCUUGGACUUGCCCUGAUAAGCUUUGUAUGCAGUAUAAUGGCUCUGUUCCUUUCGAACAACGGGUUGAUGCCGUUUUGAAUUACUUUGAUAUGCCUAGUAGUGAAAUUCCUGUGUUUAUGACUCUGUACUUCGAGGAUCCCGAUCAUCAGGGUCACCAGGUCGGGCCUGACGAUCGGGAGAUUACUGAAGCUGUUGCUGGAAUUGAUAAAAUGAUUGGGAGGUUGAUUGAAGGUUUAGAGAAAAAAGGUGUUUUCGAGGAUGUUACUAUAAUUUUGGUGGGUGAUCAUGGGAUGGUUGGUACAUGCGAUAAAAAGCUAAUUUAUUUAAGUGAUUUGGCCCCUUGGAUUGAAAUUCCUAAUGAUUGGGUCCAGUCACUUACUCCAUUGCUCGCCAUUCGUCCACCUUCAGGUGUUGAUCCUGUGAGUGUUGUUGAGAAGAUGAAUGAAGGGUUGAAAUCGGGCAAGGUUGAGAAUGGGAAGAAUUUGAGAGUGUAUCUUAAGGAGGAGCUUCCUAGUCGGCUCCAUUAUGCAGCGAGUGAUCGAAUUACGCCUAUAGUAGGGUUGGUUGAAGAGGGAUUUAAGGUAGAACAAAAGAGGACGAAAGGGAGAGAGUGUGGAGGUGCACACGGUUAUGACAAUGCUUUUUUCUCCAUGCGGACCAUAUUUGUUGGGCAUGGUCCUCGGUUUGAAAGAGGUCGCAAGGUUCCUAGUUUUGAAAAUGUCCACAUAUACAAUUUGGUCACAACGAUUCUCAAUAUUCAGGGUGCUCCUAACAAUGGAUCUGCGUCAUUUCCAAAGUCUGUUCUUUUGCCUGCUCCGUGAUGACCACGCAAAGUGUAUCCCCGUGGAGUCAGCUUAGUGAAGUUUGAGUGGUGGUUGGAGAGAUUUCGCUAUUAUGAUCCAGCAUUGCAGAAGGGUAGCAGUAUUAGUUAUUUCAUGAUCCGGGAGCUCACUCGUAGCGACAUCUUAGUCUCCCUGUCAACGUCGUUCUUCUGUCUAUUCAUUACAUGUAAUAAAUAAAAGCUGUACCAUGAAAAGGAUCCGCCUUUUAAAUGUUGAGUUGUAGAUUUGUAGUUCCGUAAA